UGAAGAGUACGGUGCCAGUCAACUCAAAUUUAAGUGAUUAGUGCUCCCUCGAUCAGUAGACUCCGGAUCAUCGAGGACGCUUGACGGUCGUCUUUGUGACAAUCUAUCGAUUCCUUCCGUCGUAACCGGGCAGGUUAACCGGCUGGAGAAAUAUUCACGAUCUUAGCGAUCGGUAAUCGCGAAAGGAAGAAAAUCGUCCACGAGAUUCUGGGAAAUAGAAAAAUUAUCUCGAGUUCGAAAUUGCAUAUAUCCAAACUCGAACUUGCGAACAAAAGAGAGAGAGAGAGAGAGUGAGUGAAAGAGAGGGUGGUUUUGAGGUUUCACCUAAAAUUAGAGAGUAUCUCAAGUGAAAUUUGGUUAAACCCAACGAGACUUCUGAAGAGAGUCGGGGAUUAAUUAAUGGGUUGGCGAUAUACAGCUGUUUAUUAAUGUGCAGCGCGAUAUAAAAGUUCGUUUAUUCUGGAAACAUUCGCUGAAUAUCGAGGCUGCAGCCGACACGAGGCAUUGGCUAUCGCUUUACUUUGCGUCAAUCGAUUUUUCAUUAUUAUCAUUGAUAUCACGCGACUGACACAGUAGCCAGCAGUGAUGAAUCGCCCGGUCGACCGGACGGACAUUUGAGAUACAAAGAGCGACUACGAGAUCCUCUGGGAGCCGAAACAGUCGGGACUAUUUUUCUGCGAACACUCGAAAGAAGGUACGCCCCACCUUCCACCAGCCCUAACAAUACUCCAAGAGAGUUCAAAAUCCUCGGUCUUUAUGACCAGCUAGGUAGUUCUCGUGAAGUUGUGGUGAGGUGAAGAGACGAGGCAGAAGAGAGUUCCGAGAUUCCCCGGCUGUCGUCUCCGUAAUUAUAAUAUUUGAUGAUUGAAUGCGAAAGAGAAAGAGCGAGACAUCGAUUUACUACGUUGAUAACUGUGAUAACGUGAUUUUACUUGAGACUUUUCGCACAUAUAGACGUCCUUGGCUAGAUAGUGCGAUUAGAGUAACGUACUGUAAAAGGGUGUGAAAUACCCGUGGAAAUUGUACGAGUCAGCAGAAACAGUGAUUUUGGUGAUUAUCGAGGAAUCGAGAACCUGCAAACAUGGUUGUCAACGAGAUGUUACUAUUGGCGCGAAUGGCCAACAUAAUGGUUACCUUGAACGCCACUGCGAAUACCACUGCAAUCGAGAACAUCAGCACGACGACACUGUCGCCGGAAGAGAAAGAGAAUAGGUUCGACAUGGAUGACAAAUGGAACAUGUGGCAGUGCUACGCGCCGUAUGGCUGCUUUUACAAAGGAUCACCCUGGUCCGGAACAAAUCGGCCGGUAUCCGCGGUUCCGAUACCCCCCGACGUCAUCAAACCCCGUUAUCUCCUCUACACGCGGGAGAACGAACAGUACCACAAGCUGAAGAUCGACAACUUCCAGACGAUUAAGAAAGCGCCUUUGAAGAAGGAUAAAACCUUGUACUUCAUCAUUCACGGAUUCCUCGAGAACGGCGACAAAACGGCCUGGAUCUCGAGGUUGAUCAAAGAGCUGCUGAUACGGGAGGACUGUAACAUUGUGGUCGUUAACUGGAUGAACGGGGCUGAACCACCCUACACGCAGGCGGUGGCGAACACGCGACUCGUCGGCGCGAUGACGGCUCGCCUGGCGUCUCAACUGAUCAACGUCGGCGGGAUCGCGCCCGAGAAGAUGCACGUCAUCGGACACAGCCUGGGUGGCCACACCGCCGGUUACGUUGGCUACUAUUUGAGGACGGAUUAUAAUUACAACCUCGGCCGAAUCACAGGCCUUGAUCCGGCGGAACCGCAAUUCAGCAACACCUCGCCGCUGGUCCGGCUGGAUCCAACGGACGCGACGUUCGUGACAGCCAUUCAUACCGACGGCGUUUCUUUUAUGGAGGGUGGCCUCGGCAUCGUACAACCUGUGGCACAUAUCGAUUUCUAUCCGAACGGCGGCAACCACCAACCCGGCUGUAAUGAGGGUGUGAUUAAUUCCAUCACCAGAGAAGACAGCUUCUUUCGAGGAAUCAAGAAAUUUCUCAGCUGCAACCAUGUUCGCAGCUACGAGUACUUUAUCGAGAGUAUAAACAGCCCGUGCCCGUUCUUAGCCAUGCCGUGCAGCUCUUGGGAGAAGUUUCAAGAGGGAGGCUGUUUCGACUGCAAACACCAAUACUGCCCCAGGUUAGGGCUGGACGCUCAACCCGGAAAUUACGACGCGUCCGUGUACCUGAUGACCGGAGAAUCCAAACCGUAUUGCAAGGCCCACUAUAAGAUAACGAUAAAUAUCUCGAAGACCAACGAGAGCGUGUCGCACGGCGGCGAAGUCGGGAUGUUCGUGGUGCACGUGAUCGGCGCGAACGGAAAGAAAACCGAAGGGACACAGCUGAGCUCGGAAGCUGAGUACUACGAGCCAGGUAGUACGCACACCGUGGUGUUUCCCGGAAACUUCGUGGGCAAGCCGCAGUCAGUGGAGAUCAUCUGGGAAUACCAGACUUCGAUCCUUAAUCCGCUUACGUGGCGGCUGUUCCACACACCGCGAGUCUACAUCGACUCGUUGACCAUCAAGAAUCUGGAGACCGAUCACAGUGUCACCUUGUGUCCGGAUGAAUCGAAGACGCUGUUCAGGAACAAAGCGAAAAUCCUGACCGUGGAUAACUGCCGCGUUACGAAGUACAACAACAUAGUCUCCACGUGAAGGACCUUCGAUCCGCGUUCUACGUCGUAUCGUCUUCCCCAUAGUCAGGACCCGAGAUCGAUGUAAUGUUGACGAGUUAAGAUUUCAACGCUACGGACGAAUAUAAUCUCUCCGUCUUCCUGGGUCGAAAUUCUAGUCCUGUAUUCGAUCUGCUUAGCUCUACAUUUUCAAAUCUUCAAAUGAAGAAAACGGAAAUAACUUUCCAUUUGUAGCGUCAAAGGGAGCGCAGUAGGAAACCUUUGAAGACUUAAUGUAGAAUUGAAUAGACUUAAUAUCAAACUGAAAUUUCAUAUUAAAGAGCUGAAAUUUUGACUCGGGUUCGUUCGCGAAAGUUGACAUAAGAUAAAUCUCUCAGUCCGUAUGCGUCACGAAAGAUCCGGCUCGUCGAAUCGACUACCAAUUCCAAUAUCGGGUCGAAAAGUCGACUGUCCGCUCGUUAUCACGAAAUAAUUAUCGUCUUAUUCGUUAUCACGCGAAUGGCAUUCCGAAGGCCUAAUGUUCAUUAUUUAUUUUUCCAUAUAGAUAAGAGUGAGAGGCUAAAACAAUCGAUCGUAUUUCUCAUCAGACCAGGAUGUCUCGAAAUAUUAAAUUGCUCGUUUUGAAAUAGUCGUAUAAAUCGUACGGCACUCGAGCUCGAGAAGUCUCCGUGGGGCAUUUCUCGCGUGAGACGAGAGUGAAUCUCGGGUUGAUCGCGGGAAGAGAUUUCACGCCGUUUCCGACUUGAUCCGAGUUCGUGCACUUCGCGACGGUCGCAGGUGAACAGCCGGUCAGGAAUGAACUAACGCGAAUUGCGCAUAAUAACGUCGGUUUUCUUCCAGAGACCAAUGGCAAAGUCACGAUCCUUUCACUGUCAUUAUGCGCUCACGGUGUCUCUCUCUGUCCUUCUCUACUAUACUCUAUCCUGUAUGAUUCUUUUCCUCACACUGACGUCGCCGUCAAACGCUUUCGUGCGAUGUUCUCGUCAUCCUCGCGCGGUCGCGUCGAUAAAUCGUCGCCGAUUCCACAGCAGUAACGUUGCUGUGGAAUUGAACGUUGAACGCCUGAACGUUGUCGUGUUUAUCCCAUAGCUAUGUAGGACAUGUCGAGACGUAAAUAACGGCAUUUAACGCCAUGGUGAUCUUCUUGUCUUGAUGUCAGAGGUCUCAAUCCGGCAGGAACGGCGAUAAAAGAGAGACGAUAAUAAAGGCCGAACGUUUCAGGGAGCACCAUUAAAAAACGAUUAGCCGUGCUUCUCACAAAUGCAAAUACGACCACUCGAUUAUUCCGUUGUGGUAACAACGGAGCCAUUGUGGCGCUCUUCUUUAAUUUCGUAAUUCCGCGCUGUUACGUUGAAGUUGAGCAACGCGGAACGCGAAGUGGGCCGAACAAACGAGCGCGCGCGAUCGCCGCGUCCCAAAUGAGCCGUGAAGAGCCGCGAGUCAUCUUCUAAUUCAGGCUUCGAUUUGUCAGGUGUACAUGUGCACUGGGUUUCAAAGCGAUUUUAACACUUUCUUCACGAUGCAGCUCGGAAAGCAAAGCGAUACUCCGAUGAGAGAACUCGUUUUCGAAAAAUAAAUCCCCCCCCCCGUAUGAAGAUUUUAAAUUCUACAUUAAACCUUCAAGUGGAGAGAACGGAAAUAAGCUCACACCUGUAGCAUCGAAGAAGCGUAACAUCAUGAAAGAAAUGUUCAAACCGUUUUGAAACUCAGCGUGUAACCAAACGUAUAGUGGAAAACGGCGAGGCGCACUUUUUAGGCGCACUAAAGUUGGAAACGUAACGAACCAUCGCAAUUCGAUGAAAAAUAAAUUAGAGAUCGAGCAACGAUCGUAUCUUACAUCAAGUACAUUAAACUUCACGCGAACUAUUUAAUUUCUAGCGAGUGUCUAUUUAUAUGCACACAGAUACUUCAUGGCAUAAUACGCACGAUAAGCCCAUCAAUUAAUCGUUCAAUUACAAUAAGAGCGUAUUUUAAUGUAUUCUUAAGCGUAACGUAAUAUAUUCUUAAGUUUAUUCUUAAGCGUGUUCUUCCGAAGGUGUACAUACAAAUAAAAGCCGUAUCAGACUACU